AUACUUCUGUGUAGCUCCGUGCUCGUAGGUGUUAAAUCCAAGCAAAUGCAUGCCUUAGUAUUGCAGCAGUACUGCAGAGUUUUGUAUUCACCCUCCUCGGGAGCACACAUCUUUUUAAAAAGCUUACUUCUUCAAGAAUUAAUAAAAUUGAUUGUAAAAUAUGACUCAGAAGUCGUGGAUUGAAGCAGUUUUCUGUAAGCGCGAAUGUGGAAAAAUUAUAACCAGUUCAAGAGAUUCUCACAGAUGUCUUCCAGGAUGCCAGAUUUGCCAGAACCUGGUGCGAUGUUGCUGUGGUCGACUGGUUGGGGACCACUCUGGCUUGGACAGAAAAUUGCCAAUCUAUUUAUCAGCUUGUGAUGAUGUGAAGGAGGAGUGGUGUGUUGAGAGUCACACAGUUGCGAGCCCAACGGAUGCCUUUGGUACCAUAGAUUUCCAGGAUGGUGCUUAUUCCUAUCGAGCUAAGUAUAUCAGAGUCUCAUAUGAUACAGAACUGCAUCAGUUGCUCCAUCUGAUGUUGAAGGAAUGGCUGAUGGAACUCCCAAAACUGCUGAUAUCUGUCCAUGGAGGUAGUCAGAACUUUAAACUUCCUUCAAAAGUCAAACAACUCUUUGGCAAGGGACUUAUCAAAGCAGCAGAGACCACGGGAGCCUGGAUAGUUACCGAGGGCAUCAACACAGGGACUUCCAAACAUGUUGGUGAUGCCGUACGAGAUCAUACUUCUCCAUAUUUACGGAAGAUCUGUAUAUUAGGAAUUACUCCUUGGGGAGUCAUUGAAAACCACAGAGAUUUGAUAGGAAAAGAUGUGGUAUGUCCCUAUCAAAUGCUUGGCAAUCCUUUGAGCAAGUUGACCAGUUUAAAUAGCAAGCAUUCACAUUUCAUCCUGGUAGAUGAUGGGACCAUUGGGAAGUAUGGCAAUGAAGUGAAGCUUCGGAGAAAGCUGGAACAAUACAUUGCACAGCAGAAAAUCCAUUCUCGAAUGGGCCAAGGAGUGCCUGUGGUGGGGCUGGUGAUUGAAGGGGAUCCAAAUGUCAUCCUGAUGGUGUGGGAAUACGUAAGGGAAGCUCCUCCUGUGCCUGUUGUUGUGUGUGAAGGAACAGGCAGGGCAGCGGAUCUCCUGGCGUUUACCCAUAAACACACUGCGGAUGGUGGGAAAUUAUAUCCUGGUUUAGAAGUUGAACUGAUAUUGAUGAUCCAGAAGGCCUUUAAUUUUGGACAGAAGCAAUCAGAUCAUUUAUUUAAAAUUCUGAUUGAAUGCAUGGAGCACAGAGAAUCGAUUACAAUCUUUGAUGCAGAUUCAGAGGAACAGCAGGACAUUGACCUGGCAAUCUUAACUGCUCUCCUCAAAGGUACAAAUACUUCUGCAUCAGACCAGCUAAGUUUGGCACUGGCAUGGGACAGAGUGGACAUUGCCAAGAGAAACAUUUUGGUUUAUGGGCAACACUGGAAGGUGGGUUCAUUGGAACAGGCCAUGCUUGAUGCUUUAUUAAUGGACCGGGUGGACUUUGUGAAACUACUGAUUGAGAAUGGAGUGAGCAUGCAUCGCUUUCUCACCAUCUUCAGGCUCGAGGAACUCUACAACAUGAAACAAGGGCCAACUAAUCUUUUGUUGCAUCACUUGGUUCGAGACAUGAAGCAGAGCAAUCUACCACCUGGUUACAAGAUUACCUUGAUCGAUAUUGGUUUGGUGUUGGAAUAUUUGAUCGGUGGGGCAUACAGAAGCAGCUAUACACGGAAAUCCUUCAGACUCCUCUAUAACAGCCUUUACAGACAGCACAAGCGAGUUGACCGGAUUGGUGUAACCAGUUUCACUCAAAGCUGGAACCUGAACAGAGAACAAGCUUCCAGAAUGGGCAGUGGUGAGCAGAGGCUACACUCCCAGUUCAUUCGAACAGCCCAACCAUACAAACGCAAGGAUAAAUCUGUUUCGCUUUGUAAGUCAAAAAAGAAGCAAAAGGAUGAUCUAAGAUUUUCAGAGGAUCACGAUUCUGCAGGCUUCAUUUACCCCUAUAAUGACCUGCUGGUGUGGGCGGUGCUGAUGAAACGGCAGCGGAUGGCCUUGUUCUUCUGGCAACAUGGUGAAGAAGCCACGGCAAAGGCAUUGGUGGCCUGCAAACUGUACAGAGCAAUGGCUCAUGAGGCUAAGCAGAGUACCAUGAUGGAGGAUACCUCAGAACAGCUAAAGCAAUAUUCCAAGGAAUUCGGCCAACUUGCUGUGGAUGUUUUAGACCAAGCAUUUAAACAGAAUGAGCGGAUGGCCAUGAAGUUGCUGACCUACGAGCUGAAGAACUGGAGCAACUCCACUUGUCUGAAGCUGGCCGUGUCAUCAGGCCUUCGGCCCUUUGUUUCCCACACAUGCACUCAAAUGCUCCUAACUGACAUCUGGAUGGGACGCCUGAAUAUGAGGAAAAACUCAUGGUUUAAGGUCAUCCUGAGCAUUCUUCUGCCUCCCAGCAUUCUGAUGUUGGAGUUUAAGAGCAGGGCUGAAAUGUCCCACAUCCCCCAGUCUCAGGAAUCGCACCAGUUCGCUCGGCAGUACAGUUUUCAAAACUCCAAUUCUGGCAAGGAUGAACAGCCUCCUAUGGAUUAUGACCCAGAAAAAGGAACAGAACAAUCCAAAGAAAGUCGAGAUGAGACCAUUGGUACAAGGCAAAGGGGUCUGCCUUGGACGAGAAAAGCCUAUGAAUUUUACAACGCACCAAUAGUCAAGUUCUGGUUCAACACGAUUGCCUACUUGAUAUUCCUAAUGCUGUUCACCUAUGCAGUGUUGGUGAAAAUGCAGCCCGUGCCUAGUGUCCAAGAAUGGAUGGUCAUCAUUUACAUUUUCACAACUGCUGUGGAAAAAGGCAGAGAGAUCUUAAUAUCAGAACCAGGGAAAUUCAGCCGGAAGAUUAAAGUUUGGAUCCAAGAAUACUGGAACUUUAAUGAUUCUGUGGCUAUAAUUCUGUUUGCUGUUGGAUUUGGUUUACGUUGGGCUAAUCAGUCAUUGCAAAUUGCUGGAAGGAUUAUAUACUCCUUAGAUAUUAUAUUUUGGUUUGUGAGGCUUCUGGAUUUCUUUGCAGUUAAUCAACAUGCAGGACCGUACUUGACAAUGAUUGGAAAAAUGACCGCUAACAUGUUCUAUAUCGUGAUACUGAUGGCAAUUGUCCUUUUGAGCUUCGGGGUGUCAAGAAAGGCUAUACUUUCUCCAUCGGAACAACCUUCCUGGCGUCUUGCUCGGGAUAUUGUGUUCCAGCCUUACUGGAUGAUAUUUGGUGAAGUCUACGCUGGUGAAAUUGAUCCUUGUGAAGCAAAUCCAGAUUGUCCUCCUGGUUCAUUUCUUAAUCCAUUUCUUCAGGCAGUCUACCUGUUUGUACAAUACAUUAUACUGGUCAAUCUACUCAUCGCUUUCUUCAACAAUGUGUACUAUGAAAUAAAAUCCAUAUCGAAUAAACUGUGGAAAUAUAAUCGCUACCGCUACAUUAUGACUUAUCAUGAAAAGCCAUGGCUGCCUCCGCCACUUAUUAUCUUCAGUCAUGUGGCUUUGCUUUUGAGUCGAAUUUAUCAACAUCGAGUAAAAACUGAGGUGGAUCAAGAGGAAGAAGACUUUGGUUUAAAGUUGUAUCUGAGUAAGGAGGAGUUGAAAAAGCUUCAUGACUUUGAAGAACUGUGUGUUGAGAAAUACUUUCAUGAGAAAAAUGAGCAUCUUCAUUCAAGUGACAACGAAAGAAUCAGAGUAACAACCGAAAGAGUGGAAGAAAUGGCUAUGCAUUUGAAGGAAGUAAAUGAGAAAGUUCACUUUGUCAAGGAAUCCUUGCACUCUUUGGACAGCCAACUUGGACACCUGCAGGACCUCUCGGCACUCACCGUGGACACUCUGAAAGUGAUCUCCGCCGUGGACAGUUUAAAAGUGGACGACACAUUCCUGGGGAAAAGCACAGAAAACACUGAUCAUCGAAAGUUGUCACAAAGCCACUCCAAUGAGAUUCAUUUGAACCCGUUAGACAAUUUUUCUGUUGAGCUUCAAGCAAAGGAAAAUUAUUACAGCAAUCCAUCUUCACUCUUUCAGAACUUGUGUUAUCACAAUACAGGUGUUGGAAAUGAAUCACCUGAAUCGGAAAAGCAGUGUGAUAGCUAUGCUACGUCAUACAUGGAUCAUAUUCUUCCUGAGCAAAAUGAAUUUGAAACUGCUACGGUCAUGUCCGUGGCAUCAUCUGAGCCCAUGUCACCUCAUAAAUCUGAACAGUUAUUCCUACUCCCCUCACCUCUUGAAAGCCCCAAGUAUACAGAGGUCCGCUUCAAUAUGUCACUUCCAAACAUUCCAACCUUGAACACGUUAAACCUGACAGUUCAGAAGCAAGAUGAGGGUACUUGUAGUAUCCCGUUGCAGCUCAGCUUUCAAAGGACAGUCCCCAAGCAUGAUGAAGCUGAAGAUUGUGAUGGCAAACAGUGGGAUGUUGGUCACGUGCCACCUCUGAGGACUGAUAAACUUUCAUUGAGUUCUCUGGCUCUUCCCGUUAUUAAUGAUGCUUCCCUGGUACCGACACACCACAGUGAUGGUGGUUACAUCAACUGGGCAUUCAAUGAAGAUGAUGAACAAGGGAUCUUUGGUGCAAGUUUAAAGAAUCAAAAUGUAAAGUGUGUGCAUUCUUUACACAAUGUGGACCGUUCUUAUGGGGAUGGUGGAUCAUGCCAUGCGCAUGUGAGAAAGUCUCGAUCCCUGUCAUGGAACUCAGACAUGUCUGAACGCAGCACGGAAUGUCUAGCAUCUUUCUCCAAACAUAAAUCCAACAGUAUUUCCUACUGGAUAAAUCCACUGAGGAAACAGAGCUUCUCCCGAUGGAACAGCUUUAGAUGGAAGAUUCAAAAGGAAGAAAAUCAGUUGCGGAAAAGUAAAAUGAAAGCCUUUACAAAAUCAUCACAACGUUACCACUCAAUAAGGCCAAAAAGAAAGUCACAAAAUGACGAGAAAGCAUCUUCAAGAGAACAAAAGAAACUUCCAAAUCUGCAUGUACCGGUCAUCACUGUGGAUGGAUGCUCUCGGAAGAGUCUGGACUCUGAUCAACAAAGCUACGCUGGAAGUGAGAAGAACGUAGAAGAUAAAGAAACGAACACAAACUGGUUAACUGUUUCCACUUUCAACCAGAUCAGUUAUGAGGCAGACAGUUGUUCAAACGAAAACAUUCACAAUCCAGAUACCAACACAUCCAAGCCACACAGCGAGGUUUUGAGGACUUCAUUGGAGGACUUGGCUGAAGGAUCGCUUUGGCAGAAUAGGAGUAAUUUAAGCAGGAAAUCCUCGUCAAAUUCAUGCAUUAUUGAUGGAUACAGUACAUCGUUUAAAACAUUUCAGGAUCUGAACUAUAAUUAUUCUGCUGUUGAAAGAAAUAAUUUAAUGAGGCUUGCCCAAACAAUACCAUUCACUCCAGUUGAUCUCUUUGCUGGUGAGGAGGUGACCGUCUACCAACUGGAGGAGAGUUCGUUGGUGAAUCUGGACACGAGCAUGUCCUCCUGGUCUCAGCGUGGCCUGGCGGCCAUGAUUCAUGUUCUCUCAAGGGAGGAAAUGGAUGGGGGUCUUCGCAAGGCUAUGAAAGUGUGCUGCACUUGGUCUGAAGAGAAUGUGCUGAAAACUGGGCAGACGUACAUCAUAAAGUCCUUCCAGCCUGAAGUAGUCAAAACCUGGCAGAAAGUCUUUAGGGAAGGCACAGUGCUGCAUCUCUGUCUGAGGGAAAUUCAACAGCAAAGAGCCGCACAAAAACUAAUUCAUAGAUUCAAUCAAAUGAAGCCUCAAACUAUUCUUUACACUCCAAGGUUUCUGGAGGUUUUCCUAAUAUACUGCAAUUCUGCUGAUCAAUGGCUGACGAUGGAGAAGUACAUGAAUGGUCAGUUCAGAAAGUACAACAAUAACAAUGGAGAUGAGAUAAUCCCAACAAAUCUCAUGGAAGAGACCAUGCUGGCCUUUUCCCACUGGUCAUUUGAGUACACGAGAGGGGAACUCCUUGUGCUGGAUUUGCAAGGUGUUGGUGAAAAUCUUACGGAUCCAUCUGUUAUUAAAGCUAAGGAGAAAACGACACAAAAUAUGGAGUUUGGACCAGCUAACCUUGGGGAAGGAGCAAUCAGAAACUUCACUGUAAAACAUCACUGCAAUUCCUGCUGCAAAAAGCUCAAGCUCCCAGAUUUGAGAAGAAAUUUUUACAACCCAGGAAAAAUAAACCCUCCAUUUGAAGACGAUGCCUUAGAAGUGAACACGCGGUUAUAAUUAUUAGCUUUAAAUAGUUUUAUAAUGAAGAAUUCCUGAACCUUUGGUUUAGUAUUGUCGAGUGCUUCCAUCAAAUGUAAUGUGUGAUGCCUCCUUAAUAGACCAUUAUCAGUUCCACUAUUGUGAUUUUGCCAUAGUUAAUAUUUUUAUGUUACAUUUAAUAUUUCUUUCACGUUAAACUAUGCAGCAUUCACUGCCAUUGGGAAGAAUCCUUCACAGAGAACUUUAGUUAUCAAUAUCUACAAAUGGAACCAUUAAUUGGUCAAAAUAAUAUUGAUUUUAAUUGUAAACCAGUGCAUUUACAACAGAGAAUCUUCUGAUGAACUUAGUUAAUAAUAUUGAAGAACGUAAAUCAAAAAUCUGGAAACUGGGAUUGAUUACUGGGCAAAUUGUUCAACAAGAAUAUUUCUACAAAUUAGUUAUUGAAUGUUUUGAUACCACUUUUAGGUAUGUGUCAUUAUAUUUAUACACAACCCUCUCAUUCCACCCUUGACUACUUUAAAGGUUGGUGGUUCAGACAUCCAGAUUUUGGUCUAUCCCCAGAUUUCUACUACGUUUUUGUGAACAAAGUGACAGGUCAAGAGUUUAUCUGCUGAAUAAUGCUAACUGAAAGGUGGUCAUGUCUUAUUUUCUGGAGAAUCCCCAGGAAUUUGUUACAAUACCUUUUGAGAUAAAGAAUCCUACUUUAACCAUCUCAUUAUCCUCAUUAGCAGGUAUUAAUUUAUCCCAUGACAUAUUUAAUUAGAGCUAUGAAAUUCUAUAAGAAGCUCCACUUCUGGCAGACACUGGUGGUUCCUCUUCCCCAGCCCUGUAUCGCACUUCUUACAACUAGAUAUGGUUAAACAGUUGCAAACUUACUAAUGGUAAAGUAAAAUCUACAGAUGCUGGAAAUACGUAAUAAAAACAGAAAAUGCUAGAAAUACUCAGCAACUGUGGAUAGUUAACAUUUCAGGCUGAUGAUCUUUUGUUAAAAUUAGGAAAGCUUACAAAUCAAACGUUUGAAGUUGCAAUGAAGGAGAAAAGUGGAAAGAACGAAAGGGAAUUCAGUGAUAUUUUGAAGAGUCCAAAGCAGAUGUUAAGACCUCAGUUUGAAUAUGAACGGACCUAGUAAUGAUCAAUUCAGAGUUUCUAUCUAAAAGGUGUCUACUGUAAAUGCAGCUGAAUUUAUCAACCAGCUGUGCAUGUAGACUACGCCAUUGGUUUUAUUUUCCUGCUUCCAUUAUCCAGUCUCUGGAUGCUUUCAAGAGAGAGCUAGAUAGGGCUCUUAAAAAUAGCGGAGUCAGGGGAUAUGGGGAGAAGGCAGGAACGGGGUACUGAUUGGGGAUGAUCAGCCAAGAUCACAUUGAAUGGCGGUGCUGGCUUGAUGGGCUAAAUGGCCUAUUCCUGCACCUAUUGUCUAUUGUAUAAAGGUGAUAUAAAAUAUAAAAUAUUCAGUUUCCAAAAUACCAAUUGUUUGAUGAUCCUCCUGUGACCAUAAACCUAAAAUGUUUCUAAAACAGCUGAUUGACUCAACGGAGCAACCAGCAAUGUUUGGAUUGUAACAGGAAGAGCUGAGUACACAAGGCGGAGUUGAAUUGAAUAGAGUCAUAGAGGCCCAGUGGAACUAGAAACAGGCCCUUCGACCCAACUUGCCCACACCGACCAACAUGUCCCAUCUACACUAGUUCCACCUGCCUGUGUUUG